UAUGGCACCAGAGAUAUUUUAAAACUAACCAUAUACUGAAGUAGGUGAUGUCUUUAGUUUGGGAGUAGUUUAUUAUUUGUUAUUAACUGGGAAAUCUCCAUUUAGAGGACACAAUUAAGAAACUAUAAUGAGAGCUAAUAAAAUAUGUGAAAUUGAAUUUAGUGAAUAUUGUUUUGUAAAUGUUAGUCACAAAAUUAUUGGUUUAGUCAAAUCUAUGCUUUAAAAGAAUCCGAAAAAUAGAAUAAGUUUAAAUGAAGUAAUUCAAAUGUUAAGAACAUAAAGUUAAUUAAUAGAUUAUGCUUAUAGAACAAAUUCUGUAGAUGGAUCUUAAAUGACUAAAUAAGCAGGAAUUAGAUCACUUUAUUUAUUAAGUUAAAAUUCUUAGGAUUCUUUAAGAGCAUAAAAAACUUAAUAGAACAGAUUAAAUGUAACUGAUAAAUUCGUUGUUAAAGCAAGCACUUUUCGACCUUCGCUUGUUAAUUUAGAUAGUAGUGAUGAUGAAGACUUAGAAGAUAAUCAUCUUCCUGGAACUGUUGUAGAGUUCUUGUUUGUUUCUAUGAAUAUUAUGAAUAACAUUAAAUUUCCUUGA